AAUAUGCUUGAAAACAUGCUAUCAGUCUUUUCCCAACAUAGAUAACUAGUUGGAUGCUUAAUUCUGUCUACAGAAAAGUACUUUCUUUGACUAGUGACUUUUGAAAGAACGGUGGAUGGUAAAGAUAGAAGAAAUAAAUUAUGAAAGCGUUGAUAACUUUUCUAUUUUCGUGUAUUAUCAUUGUUAAAUCACAAGUUGAUAUACGUUUGUAUAAUUUACAUAUUACUUGUUUAAAUUCUUUAAUUGUUUAGGAACAUUUAUUGCUAAUUUUUAAUUCUUUUAACGCAAUAUACAAACAGCAAUUCAAUUUAUUGAUAAUCGAAUUGAAAGCGUUGUCGAAAACUCGUCGACGAUUCUCAAUGUUGGACUGUUGGAACGAUGGCCCGACACCAUGGAUCUAAGAUUUGAAACACUGUCUUGCCAUAUAUCGAUAAGUGGCAACAAAGAACUACCGGAUGUUCGUAUUGAACCAAAUUACGUUUACCUAAAUGCUUUAUCCAGCAGGAGGUUUAUAACGUUACAUGUUGGAUAUGAUAAUGAUUGUCGAGAUACAACUUUAAUACUUCAAAUAGAAUGUAGACGUCAAAAUGGUCAGGGAAAGGCUGUUUCUCUUCCAUCUGAAGCUCGUUUGGAGUUGUUAGUUAAUGACAGGAUGCCUUUGAAUUUUUGCAAUGAUCCAAGAAUAUUUCAAACAGUUAAAGUUCUACACAACGACGGAAGACAAACUCUGGAAGAUAUUUGUUAUGAUUUUAUUGGAAAAGCAGGUGAACAGUAUGAAUUUUUCUCGGAUAAACUCCUAGGUGUAUCGGUCAUUUUCGAAUUAAAGGAUAGCUACGAAGUUAGCCGUUUACUUGUAAAAACAAAAUUCGGAUUAAUACAGGCCGGCCUCACUUCUAUUGGCCUACCAAAUCACAAUCUGUACAGUUGGGAUAGAAUAAUGGACUUAAGUAGUGGAAUUAAUCCGAGGAUUCGUCUAAGACUGUCGCCUAAUGAGUUAGUUAUUGAAUUUGAAGAGAAUGGCAGAGAAUUAAAAUUAAGAAUUAUUAGAAAGUUUGAUAAUUUUAACAUACCUGUAUUGAAGACUUUUAUCGAUGAACUAUCUUCUGGACAAGUGAUUUUUGACCAAUAUCACGGUGGUCUAUUAGGCCUAGUUAGCAAUAAGAAAUAUAAUUUCUAUCAAGUCGAUUCAUUUGACAAAACAUCACCAAACCUUUAUAUUGAAGGAAGAGAAGUCAAAACGUUUAAAAAGCCUAAUCCACAUUUCGAUAACAAGUGUUAUUCAAUGAAUUUAAAGGAUAUUUUAUAUCCCAAUGGUAUUGAAUUGUUACUCCGAAACAAUCAAUGA